GUCAUUUGUGACCCAUGGCUCUUGUGACAUGCUGAAGACUUCCAGGCAUUUUCUGUGGAGCACCUCCCUGCCCAGCUCUAAUCAGGCUAUUUCUGAUGCUUGGAACCUAUUCUUUCAGCCACAAAGAUGGUAAUAAAUCUUUGCCUUCCACGGUUCAGACCAAGAAUUCACUGCAACAAGAUAUCAGCUGAUGGGUAUGAAGUUGAAAAUCUCAUCUCUGAAGACCUCACCAAGCGAAGUCGCGGUUUUAGGACAGAAUAUUUCAUUAAGCCGCCGGUCUAUGUGACGGUGUCCUUUCCCUUUAACGUGGAAAUCUGUCGGAUCAACGUAGACCUCACAUCCUGGGGCAGCUCUCCUGUCACUGGCAUGGAAAUAUACACGUCCGCCUUACGCAGCGGAGCCUCCUGGUGUUCCCCUGAGUGCCAGGCCCCAGGCCCCGCCGCGCCAUCCAUCCCAGACAAGGAGGCAUUCGCCUUGGUGGGCAAACUCUUGUUGAAAAGCCAGAACCAAGUGGUGUUUAGCCACAGGGGCUUCAAGGCCAGGCCACCCUUUGGCCUGAUGGAAGCCACACUGCCCUCCCCUGCCUCCCCUGCUGUCGUGGCCCAGGAACUCUGGAACAAAGGGCCUCUUUCCUUGAGCCAUGUGGCCCAUGUGAAGAUCUGUAUCACUCAUGUGACAGGCGGCGGUGUGCCUUGCAUCAAGCGGUUGGAAGUGUGGGGGCAGCCAGCCAAAACCUGCUCCCAGGAAGUGAUAGACAGUGUCCUGCUGGUUGCCUCCGAGAGCCUCCCUCUGGGCGUGGCUCUGCAGGCCCCCGCCUUGCCCAUGGAGAGUGACUGUGACCCUGGGGGCCAGUCUGAGGGCCACCAGGCCCCCUCCAGCCUGCAGAAGCUGGCAGAGGUCAUCCAGGAUGUGCCUGAGGAGUUCCUGGAUCCCAUCACCCUGGAGAUCAUGCCUUGCCCCAUGCUGCUGCCCUCAGGCAAAGUCAUCGACCAGAGCACGUUAGAGAAGUGUAACCGGAGUGAAGCUUCUUGGGGCCGGGUACCCAGCGACCCUUUCACGGGGGUAGCCUUUACCCCACAUUCCCAGCCCCUGCCUCACCCGUCUCUGAAGGCCCGGAUUGACCAUUUCCUGUUACAGCACUCUGUCCCUGGCUGCCACCUGCUUGGGCGGGCACAGACUGCAAUGGCAGUGACCCCUUCCUCCAUUGUCAUACCUUCUCGGAAAAGGAAGCUAGAGCAGGCUGCAGAGGCCCUAGACAGCAGCCUGGGUGGACAUACGACCUAUUUUUCUCCCGCAAGCCCUCUGGUGUCAGCCACUACCUCAGAGCACACAGCUAAGAAAAUGAAAGCCGCCAGCGAGCUGGGCCUGACACACAUGGACUGCUCAUCAGGUCCAGUGUCUCACGAGCAGAAGCUGUCACAAAGCUUGGAACUCGCCUUGACAUCGACCCUGGGCUCCAUGCCCUCUUUCACGGCUCGCAUGACCAAGGGACAGCCCCAGCACCUUGCCACAAGAGGGAGCCACUCUUCCUGGAGGCCAGGUGCCAGCUCCGGUAACAUGGGCCCCGUCCAUAUCCUGAGAGUCCUCCAUCUGGUGGUCUGCCCGCUGCACAGUGUGGCAGGGGGGCCGCCUCCCCUCAGCACUAGCACCCAGGCUGAGGGAGGAGAGCGCUGGGCUUUCCUUUGCCAGCAGGAGUUGAGGGCAGCCUGUAAAAAUUAACUCUGCUGGGAAAAGGCUUUCUCUAGACAAGCCCUAGUCAUUCUGUGGAUUUCGGCUGUGGCCAUCCUGCCUCUAGUUUGGGGUAAGUUCUGAUGUCCAUUAUUCCGUCCUGAGGCCCUUUGUUGGUUUCUCCUUUUCUGUGUGUUUUCUAACUUAGUCUGCCUCCCACCUGACUUCUGGGGGACUGCUCUGUAAGCGUGGAGGCAGACUUAGGGUUGAACCUGCCAUCUUCCCCCCUUCCUAUUGAGCAUCCAUGUUUUAGGAAAGACACUUCCUGAAGUCGCCUAAUGAACUAAUUUUUCCUGAAUUGGGGAGUUGGAUGAUAGACUCGCUGAGAUUCACAGCAAGUACUAGGAUUGGGGUUGGGUUUUUAUUCUAGACCUCGUUCCUUUUCUGCCUCCCAUUCUUUCUUCCUCUCCUGCCCACUUGAUUACGUUUCUGUUUGGACCAUUACCAAGAGGCUGCCUUAUCUAGUGGCCAGUCAUUUCCUUGACUCCAAGUCUGUGAUCCUGCGAGAGCCACUCAGGAGAUAGGAGUUGGUGUACCUGGCUGCCUUCUGUUUUCCCUUUCCUUUAACAAUGCCUCGCCAGUACCUGGUAGCAGGGGGUCAUCUUUCUACCAGGGCACUGACAGCGCAGGAGCAGGGCAAUCAGAGGUGUCUCCCUGGAAGGGGGGAGGGGGGGGCUGUCUGAGCUAAGUCUCAAAGGUAGUCAAGGCAGAGGGUGGUGGAGUCCUUGGCUCCUUACCAAAAGAUUGGAUGUUCAGGGCCGCCCAGAGGUAGCCGGAGGAAAGACCUGGCACGCUGCCUCUGAACAAUCAGCUGUUGAAAACUCUGUGGAGCUCAGUUUUACUCCAAUAGCCACGGGGUGCCGGGUGCCGUGAGUCAGAAUCAGCCCCACGGCAACUGGGUAGGUCAAGGGACAGCAAAUCCUGAGUCCGGCCCCAACCGAGUGUGCACAGGGAGAGCAACCCGAGACUUCGGGGCCCAGACAGACGGGGCUGCGUGUGGUGGGACUGGACAGGGAACCAGGCAGUCCUGGCUGCUCCAGAGGUGGUGGGGAGCAGAAACCUGGGGGAGGUCUGCUUGUGUUUGGGCGACACUGAGGGCAGAUUAGAAAUUGAUUUUGAGGAAAGUCAGCCAGUGAGGGUGCCAAUGAGAGGCUGGACGGGACUGUUGUAAUGAAAAACAGAUGGGGUGGUGGGGUGAGAAGCUUUAGUUCGGGGUGUCUUUGGGGACUGAAGAAGAGCAGGUUCCUCAGGCCAGGCCCACAGAGAAGAAAAGGCCAGUGUAGUUCGGUGGGUCUUGCAGGACCUGCCCACUGGGCCCUCUGUCCAGAAGGCCCUGCAGGAAGCAUGGAAGGAGAGCAGCACAGGAAGGGGCCUGUGGGGCGGCCUGCAGGUAGGUACCUGGCUCAGCAGGCAGGCCUGGUGACUUCCCUCCUCCUUGAGCUGUCCCAGCCCUAGGAUACUGGGCCAUCUCCUGCUUUUCUCAUUUUCUUGUUCUGGCUCACUUUUCUUUCUUUGAUCUUUUGCUUGUCAAGAUAAGCCUGUGCCCGGCCUUGGCCCUGGCAUCUCCUCCUGGGGGAAAGUGUGUCUGCCUGGAAGGCUCCGAGAAAGGGCUCAGGCCUCUCUGCUGCUGCCCUCCGAAGCCCUCUCCUGAGGCUUUCCACACAGGCCGGCUCCCUGCUAGCUCGCCUCCCAGAGGUGGCUGGGGGAGGUGGCCACAGGCUUGCUGCCGCAAUGCUACCCACCCCCAGCACGCCUGGCUCUAGUAGACAUGCCUGGCCCAGGCAGCAGCCCUCUAACCUUGGCCCACUUUCCUCCCUGACUCACUAGAGCAGCCUGGGAGCAGCCAGGGCCCCGAGUGCGCCACCUGCAAAAGAGUGUUCUCGCCCUACUUCAGAAAGGAGCCCGUGUACCAGC